AUGAGCGCGCUCUUAGAGACCUCCCUGGGCGACAUUGUAAUUGACCUGCUGGUGGAUGAUGCGCCCAAGGCGUGUGACAACUUCUUGAAGCUGUGUAAGCUCAAGUAUUACAAUUUCUCGCCCGUCCAUAGUGUCCAAAAGAACUUCACCUUCCAGACCGGCGACCCGCUUGGCCCUGACGCCCCCGAGAGCGAUGGAGGAUCUUCAGUAUGGGGUCUGCUGGACGGACCGUCGAAGAGGACAUUCCCCAUUGAGAUACCGCGCAAGCUGAAACACUUGGAGCGCGGUACUGUGAGCAUGGCGACGGUACCGGCCAAGAACGAUCCCGACCAGCGGCUAGCCGCCAGUCAGUUCAUUAUUACACUUGGGGAUAACCUGGAUUACCUGGAUGGGAAGGCCGCCAUCUUCGGCAAGGUUGUCGAGGGCUUCGAUGUCUUGGACAAAAUCAACGAAUCCUUUAUUGACGAUCGAGGUCGACCACUGAAGGACAUCCGUAUUCGUCACACUACUGUUCUUGAUGAUCCCUUCGAUGACCCGCCUAAGCUGGUUGAACCGGCUGAAAGUCCAGUACCCUCCAAGGCCCAAUUGGCCACCGUCAGAAUUGCGGAUGAUGAGGACUUGGAUGAUGAUAUGGAUGAAGAUGCUAUGGACAAGCUACGUCGGGAGCGCGAGGCUCGUGCGCAGGCACUGACAUUGGAGAUGGUGGGAGACUUGCCUUUCGCCGAUGUCAAACCCCCAGAGAAUAUUCUUUUCGUUUGCAAACUCAACCCGGUCACACAAGAUGAGGAUCUAAAUCUCAUCUUCAGUCGCUUUGGAACGAUCUUGUCUUGCGAGGUCAUCCGGGAUAAGCGCACUGGGGACAGUUUACAAUAUGCCUUUAUUGAAUUCGAGGAGCAGAAAGAUUGUGAGCAGGCAUACUUCAAGAUGCAGGGGGUUCUGAUUGAUGACCACCGGAUACAUGUGGAUUUCUCACAGAGUGUGUCCAAAUUAUCCGAGAGUUGGCGCCACUCUACUGUCACCAGGCGCCGACAGAGAGGUGGAUUUGGUGGUGUGGAAGAUCUUGAGGCGAAGCGCCAGUACCGAGAGCUAGAUGAUGAGCCUCUAGAUGAGGAUGAUCCUAGAUAUCGCAUGGUCUUUGACAAGCGAAACAAGAGCAAGGACGCUCCCGCCCCGACCCGCGAGGUCCCUCGCGAGGCCCCGCGUGAGACAGCCCCAGAUCGAAAUCGCAAUUAUCGGCGUGAUCGAGGCAGUCGAAGCCCCCGUCGAGAUGGACAGGAUCGAUACCGUCGUCGAUCCUACAGUCGGAGCCCUCGAAGAGACUCCCGGAAAGACCGAGAUCGAGAUCGAGGCCGCUACAAUAACCGUGAUGAUCGUCGACGGAAUGACCGAUAUUAG